GAAAUGUCUGUGCAUCUUAUGGAGUGAAUAUGGAGCAGCUGGCCCGAAUACCGGGCCGGCCGUUUGGCUCUACUGUGCAGAAGAACCUGCUCCUCGGGGUCUUACCUGUUCAUCUCCUGUACUGUGUCCGCAGUCUCUGGUCAUCUCCUGUACUGUGUCCGCAGUCUCUGGUCAUCUCCUGUACUGUGUCCGUAGUCUCUGGUCAUCUCCUGUACUGUGUCCGCCGUCUCUGGUCAUCUCCUGUACUAUGUCCGCAUCUCUGUCAUGUAGUCUCUCUGGUCAUCUCCUGUACUGUGUCCGCAGUCUCUGGUCAUCUCCUGUACUAUGUCCGCAGUCUCUGGUCAUCUCCUGUACUAUGGUCAUCUCCUGCAUGUCCGCAGUCUCUGGUCAUCUCCUGUACUGUGUCUGCAGUCCAUUGGUUCAGAAUAUUUUUUUUCUUGUUUACCUCCUCU